AACACUGUCAAACGGGUUGUUUACGUUGUUUACACACCGUCGCCUAGGAAACGUACGUGCGAGCACGGUUUGUCGCCAAUAACCGAAAGCAGGCAGUUUGUUGAGCGUGGAAAAAGUUGUCUAGUUCCUGCGUUUCCCCCGUACCGCUUGUCGGAAAAACUAUUUUCCAUUUAGCAUGGAGAGUAAUUUCGUGUCGGUCUUUCAGCUGGACGGAGUUCCCAUACUGCCGCCAUUGGUUAACGAUGAGGUGCGUGCUGCCGUGGCCAUUUACCGGCAGAAGGCAAUCGAAAUCGAGCAACGACUGCAGGAACGGAAAAGGACCUUGGCGGCAAUUGGGACUGUUGAUUCACGAUCGAUCGAUGGGGAUAGUUCGGUCGGUAAGCAAGGAUUAGACGAGAAAGAUGGUGAUUUGUCGGGCGAGAAGAAGGAACUGGAAACUAUCACAACAAGCCUAGAGGAGGACACUUCACUGCAAAGUGAACAAUCCACAAUUACAGUUCCUUCCGGUGGUUUAGUCCCGCAAGAAAAGAUCGCGAUCAUCAACACUGAGGCUACGGAGAAGGUGGAUCAAGCGAACAAUGAUUGCAAUCCCAUUGCCAACCAAAUGAAGCUUGACGAAGUGAUAUACUCCAGCUGGCAGUCAUCCACCAGAACGGUGACCCCAACACUGUUGAACGAAAACUCGGAAGAAUCGAAGGAAUGGUUUCCGCUGGUUCGAUCCAACACGUUCGAUCUCGAGAAACCCAGCAUUGAUCUCGUGAAUCUUCAGCGAGUUGAGCAUUCUACACCGGUGAUCGAUCGGUCCAAAGAAAGAUCUGCGGAUGAAGUAAACGAACGGCCCAAAGCAAGCAGGCAGCAGAAAAUAUUGAAUCCUGCUGUAGUUACGGGAAAGGACAGCACACCGGUAAAAGCCUUCCCAGCCGCAAUCGGGAAACCGAAAAAAUCACCCAAGGAAAAAGCGAUCCCGAGCGCGGAUGUUGCCAAACCACGAUCGAAAAGAAGGACUGCCGCGCGCAAGAUAAGCCACUCUUCCACCGGGCUGGAGCGGGAUCGUGCAUUCGAAAGUGUUGCCCAAGCGCUAACCACACACGAGCAGCGCAUGAUGGAGCUUCUAAAGCGACAGGAAGAGGAACGACUAAUGCUGGAGGAAAGCUUUCGCCAAAAGACACAGGAGCUGGUGGCACUCUGUGCGAAAUCCCUUCCCGUGGAGGACAACAGCGGGAUGGCAGUGUCGGCCAACGAGAGCGGUACGAUGAUGCUGUCCGCUAGUGCGGUCACUCGCACAAAGACACCGGACAUGCAUACGGCUUCGAGCGUGAGCCAACUGUCGCUGUGCGACGUGUCGUACGAUUCCUGUACCGAUACCGACGAUGCCGCUUACCAAACCUGCCACGCCAACGGCACGUCGGAGGAAAAUGUUAACCGUAGUGAGCGCACGCUUACGGAGGAUCCAUCGCUGGGAAACGAUUCUAUUCGUACGCACAACACCGGUCAGGACAAUAAUGGGAACGAUGUUAUACGGCUGCUACUUCCACGCCGCAUGACGGAAGUCCAACAAACCCGAGCGGCCACAAUCAUUAAUGCGUACGCACGCGGCUAUCUAACGCGCCGUCUGUUUCAAACGGACGUGGUGCAAAACAUUAAGCGUACGAUCGCCGAUAUCGUGUGCUUUAUCAUCAGUACGCAGCAAACGCAAGCGAAAGGCGUGAAGGAAGAUGCAAAGCUGGCCGCCCUACGGCGUAAUGCCGGCAAACAGAUUGCGUACUGUCUGGACCAGUUGCACACCAUAUUCGUAACCAGUACGGCACGCGACCGGUUGCAGAUGAUCCGUCGGGAUCGGUCUUUAAAGGGUACCUCCGCGCUGCCAACCAAGGUUCACUGCAAGCAACACGUUUAGUUCCACUUUUACCGUGCCUUUACACAAAACGAUCCUAUGAUUAAGCUUAGCUUCGGAUUUUACAUUGGAAUAUAAGUACCUUUCCAGUAGCUCAUGUCGCGGUUCUUUCCAGCCACCAAACGAGAUAAUGACGUCCGUUUUCCGUACAUUAUUUCCGAUUCUUUAUUACGAUAUUGGCUUGUUGUCCACUUUUCUGUCUGCUCGUGUACCGCCUCUAGGUUCGGAAGCAGUGAAAACGGUGGUUCUACUUUGUCAUUCGCAGCGCGCAAUUUUAGCGAUCUGGGAAGCGUUCGUUCCUAAAGACUCGAACAAACAGUUUGGGGGAAUGGGAAAACUAUGGAAUAAAGAAGGGAAGUAUCGCUGUUUCCCGCAACAGCGGAACAGAA